AUGGACCUAGCCGAAGUACAAGAUCUCAAAGACGUUCUCCGUUCCGACUUUUAUCAUGGCUAUGCUACGGCUGCUGCACAGAUAGAAGGCGCAUGGAACAAGGACGGCAAAGGCGUCUCGAUUUGGGACACAUUCGGACACACGCCCGGUAAAGUCGCGGAUGGGAGCAAUGCAGAUGAUGCAGUGAGAGCCUACGAUUUCUACCGCGAAGAUGUAGCGUUAAUGAAAACGUAUGGCGUCAAUGCUUACCGAUUCUCACUUGCCUGGUCACGCAUUAUCCCAUUAGGAGGAAAGGACGACCCUGUCAACGAAGCGGGUAUCCAAUACUACUCAGAUUUGAUUGACGAGCUCCUUCAAAAUGGAAUCACCCCAUUUGUUACACUCUUCCAUUGGGAUACCCCGCAGGCGUUGGAAGAUCGAUACGGCGGGAUGUUGAACCAGGAAUUCUAUACGCCGGACUUUGUCCGAUAUGCGCGAGUUUGCUUUGAGAGAUUCGGCGACCGCGUCAAACAUUGGAUAACAUAUAACGAGCCUGGUGUCUACACUCUGGCUGGAUAUGCGGCAGGCGUACAUGCACCUGCACGAUCCUCUUUCCGAGAGCGCAAUGCGGAAGGUGAUUCGUCUACAGAGCCUUUUAUCGUAGCGCAUACGGAGAUUAUUUCUCAUGCCUAUGUUUCGCGUCUUUACCGUGAGAAAUUCCAGCCACGGCAGAAAGGAACUAUUGGAAUCACACUUCACGGUAACUGGUCUGAGGCGUGGGAUGAGGAGGACCCUCGAGAUCAAGAGGCUGCACAAAGGGCGCGUGAGUUUGAGAUCUCAUGGUUCGCUGAUCCUAUCUACAAGACAGGCGAUUAUCCGGCUUCUAUGCGUGCGCAGCUUGGAGAUCGACUUCCCCGUUUCACAGCUGAGGAGACCAAGCUUGUUCUUGGUAGCUCGGAGUUUUAUGGAAUGAAUAGCUAUACAACAUUCUUCAUGAAGCAUACGGACACGCCACCAGAUAUCAAUGAUCACAAGGGAAAUGUGGAGGUUCAUGAUGAGAAUAAGCAGGGUGUACCUCGGGGCGAAGAGAGUGAUACUGAAUGGCUUCGUGCUUCGCCUGAGGGAUUUCGAAAGCUGAUAAAUUGGAUUUAUGCGCGGUAUCAGACACCCAUAUACGUAACUGAGAGCGGAACCACUGCAAAGGGAGAAGUGGCGCCUUCUCUAGAAGUCUUGGAUGACAAGUUCCGAAUCAAGUUCUUUGAGGGCUAUGUGGGUAAUGCGUUGGCUCGAGCUGUGAAGGAGGAUGGUGUUGAUAUUCGCUCUUACUUUGCGUGGACCUUCACUGAUAACUGGGAAUGGGCUGCUGGAUAUGCUGAUCGAUUCGGAUGCACAUUUAUCGACUUUGAGUCCGAGGAAAAGACUCGACAUCAAAGCCAUGCCUGCGGCCGAUCCGAUAAAGCUCCAGUUGAGGGGAAGUCCUCGAGAGAGCAUGGAAGAGCGUUACGCGACCAAAUACGCAACCAGAUCAAUAUCUAUGAAUCGAUGUUUGAGUACACUUCAAAGCUAUCCUGGCCAGAAGUACGCGAGAUCUCGAAAGAGUUCCAACCAGCACUCACGAACCUGGUACCACAUCUCUAUGAAGAGAUGGAGGGAAUCGCUGAAGGUGCAGAAGUUGAUCUCCUCGAUAUAGUCGCUCUCAACUGUCGCAGUGAGAUCGCCCUGGGGAAGUUUUCCGACGGUUGCACGACUCUUUCCUGGAAGAAGAACGAUAACGCGCGGGUGCUAUCUCAAAACUGGGAUUGGACCGCGAGAGUAUCGGGAAACCUGGCGAUGGUCUCUAUUGAACAGGCUGGGAAGCCCACGAUUUACAUGGUCACUGAGGCAGGAAUUGUUGGUAAAAUAGGCUUGAAUUCCGCGGGAGUCGGUACCUGCCUCAACGCUAUCCGCGCAAAACCGAUGAUCAGCAGCAAACUGCCGAUUCAUGUGGCUCUCCGACUAUGCCUUGAAAGCACAUCCGUUGAUGAUGCUGUGAGGAAGCUCGAGUCUUUGGGAGGUGUUGCAUCUGCUCAACAUAUACUUGUUGCUGACAGUACGAAGGCUUUGGCACUUGAGCUCUCACCUGUUGGAAAUAAGUAUAUUCCUGAAGACGGGUCCGGUCUCAUUGGGCACACCAACCACUUCAUUGAGAACCGAUAUGUGAAUGAGCCACCGUGGUUGGCGGGAUCUCCAAUCCGUUUGAAGCGUCUGGGAGAUUUGACUAAGGAAUUAAUUUCAAACGGCGUGUCGGGCGAUGCCAUUGCGCCUUCAGUUUUGCGAGAGCGUAUAUUUUCCGAUCUCUUCAACGCUCCGCAAGCUAUAUGCUGCCAGGAAGAUGAAAGUCGUCAUAUUUCCACGCGCAGCAGCACUUUAUUUAAUAUUGUAAUGAAUUUAGACCCGAAGAACUUGAGUGCUGAAGUUGUCUUUGGGAAGCCAGGGUCUGGGCAAGAAGGCUCAGUGUUGAAGAUGCCUUGGUGA